UCCCCCCUCCAGCUUUUGUCCUCAGUCACACACACACACCUUGGAGAGGGAGCAGGUGCUGGAUCCCUCCUUCAGUCCCCUUACCCUCUCCUGGGCCACCUGAGGCCCCUGACCACUUCAAAGGGUGGCUAGGGAUGGGAGGAGAGCAACCAAGCUGUCAGGAAGUGCAGCCUGAUUUCCUAGAUGAGCAGACUGAAGGGCCUUCCUGCAUCCCUCACAGACUCUGAGUGGCACAGGGCACGGCCUUGCUCUGUGCUGGAGGCAGCAUGGUCUUCCGAGCACCAUGGGCCCCGACAGAGUGACAGCCCGGGAACUGUGUGAGAAUGAUGACUUGGCUACCAGCCUGGUCCUUGACCCCUACCUUGGCUUCUGUACUCAUAAGAUGAACAUCAGUCCCAUGCCCCCCCUGCGGCGCCAACACCACCUUCGCGCAGCACUGGAAGCUUUCCUGAGGCGGCGGGACCUGGAGGCUGCAUACCAGGCCCUGACACUGGGAGGCUGGAAGGCCCACUACUUCCAGAGCCGGGGCCCACGGCAGGAGGCUGCCCUCAAAACUCAUGUGUUUCGCUACCUCCGCGCCUUCCUGCCUGAAAGCGGCUUUGCCAUCUUGCCCUGUACCCGCUACUCCAUGGAGACCAAUGGGGCCAAGAUUGUAUCCACCCGUGCUUGGAAGAAGAAUGAGAAACUGGAGCUGCUGGUGGGCUGUGUGGCUGAGCUGCGGGAGGCCGACGAGGGGCUGCUGAGGUCCGGUGAGAAUGACUUCAGCAUUAUGUACUCCACCCGGAAGCGGAACACACAGCUGUGGCUUGGCCCAGCUGCCUUCAUCAACCAUGAUUGCAAUCCCAACUGCAAGUUUGUGCCCACAGAUGGGAACUCAGCCUGCGUCAAGGUGCUCCGUGACAUUGAACCGGGGGAUGAGGUGACUUGCUUCUAUGGCGAGGGUUUCUUUGGAGAGAAGAAUGAACACUGUGAAUGCUACACCUGUGAGAGGAGGGGUGAAGGAGCAUUCCAGCUGCAGCCCCGGGAUCCUGAGCUGCCUCCACAGCCCCUGGACAAGUACGAGCUCCGGGAGACCAAGCAGCGGCUGCAGCAGGGCCAAGACAGUGGUCAGCAGAGGCAGCUGAGCCUACAGGCCUGUACCCACCUGUCCCUGCUGCACCGAGACCCCUUCUGCGCGGCCUGCCAGCCCCUACGCCUGUCACCUGGAAGCUCCCACCUGGACAGUUUGCCUCUCUGGCUACAGUGGCUGCCCCAGCCCCAGCCCCAGCCCCGAGCACGCCCCCGGAAGCGCCGGCACCCCCGGCCCCUCCCAGCCCCAGAGUCCCCUGUCCUUCAAACUGCCCAUGUCUCCCUGCACCAAUGGGGAGGCUGUGGCCCCCACUGUCGCCUGCAGGCUGAAGCCACAGUGGCCCUGGGCCGGCUGCCUUGUACCCACUGGGUUUCCCAGGAGGACUGGCGUUGGGCCCGGCUCUAUGGGCUGCCCUAUGUGGUGCGUGUCAGUCUUCACCGCCUGGACCCAGCCCCACCAGCUGCCCCUGUCCCUCUCAGGACCCUUGACCCUAGCCCCAUUCCUGUCCCCAUCACCAAGCAGGCCCUGGCCUUUGCACCUUUUGCCCCCCACAAGCGCCUGCGCCUGGUGGUCAGCCAUGGUUCCAUCAACCUGGACAUCAACAGUGAUGAGCCAUGAUGGGCUGGGCAAGAAGCCCCAGGCUGCCAGGGUCUGUCUCCUAGACCCUGCCUAUAGGGAGCCCUGGGACCAAUACAGCUAGUCUCCAGAACAGCUCUCCAAUUGGUAGGGGAUUGGUUAAGGACCCCAGAGAUGGAGUCCCUUAUCCUUUGUGACUAUUGACCCCUGAGCCAACCCAGCAAGGAGCUCUGGCCAUUUGGUAUGCCCCACCCCCAUCUCAGGAUCCCAGGAGCCAACAGUCUGCCUCUUCCUCCCCAGGGAGCCAAGCCAUAAAGGGGUGGGGCCACCCCUUGGCAUCUCCCCAGGAGCCCAGGCCUCAGGAGAUAAAGCUGCCCCACAGCAGGGAACAAAUUUGCUUUUAGCUUUGCAACUGUCUGGAAAGAGGUGGGGGAAAAUGGAAAAGGGGGCAUACCCUCACCCCUUGUGGUCUCAGGGAGGCCAGGUGCAACCUCUUCUUUCUCUUGGUGCUAUCCCUGGUGCUACUGGGGUGGGGGGGGGGGCUCCCUCCCUACACCUGGAUGGGGGUAUGUUGGAGAUUGGAAGCACUUGAACUUUUUAUUAAAUCCUUGUUAUAAGCAGUGCCUCUU